UUGGUCACGUGACCUUAAGGUCCGUAAAAAUGGCGGCCCCCACCAGUGAAGGCUCAAGCAGCUCUGUGAGGAAAAGACGAGUCGGAAGCAGCAAAACAGAGGCAAACUUUAAUGACAGCAGUGGAGAAAAUGACGAAAACCUCAGCAGAGACUCAGAGAAAGAGAAAGAGCUGCAGCCUUUGCAGAGUGGGACUUACUGGCUCACUCGUAUCGUGCUGCUGCGCUCCGUGGCUUUUAUUUACUUUGUGGCAUUUAGCGUUGCUUACAACCAGAACAAGCAGCUAAUAGGGGAACAUGGCCUCAUGUCCUGCAAGAACUACCUGAACAGUGUGAAGCGCUAUGUAGGCGGGAAGAUAGGCUUAGCAGCCAUCACAUAUACACCCUCCAUCCUCUGGCUCCUAGACUGGACAGAUAUGGAUGUCAACCUGGAUGGCCUUGCCAUGGUAGGAAUGGCACUGUCUGCAUUUGUCCUGGUGACGGGAAUGGCCAACAUGGUGAUCAUGGUUAUACUGUGGGUGCUUUACCACUCCCUGGUCAACGUGGGACAGCUGUGGUACUCCUUUGGUUGGGAGAGUCAGUUACUGGAGACAGGAUUCCUGGCUAUUUUCUUGUGCCCAGUGUGGACGUUGUCCCGUAUCCCCCGCCGCUGUCCCCCCUCCUGGAUCUGCAUCUGGACCUUCAGAUGGCUCAUUGUUCGCAUCAUGCUGGGGGCUGGUCUCAUUAAAAUCAGAGGGGACAAAUGCUGGAGAGACCUCACAUGCAUGGACUAUCAUUACGAGACCCAACCAGUGCCUAACCCCCUUUCGUACUACAUGCAUCGCUCCCCUUGGUGGUUUCACCGCUUCGAGACGUUGUCCAACCACCUCAUCGAGCUGGUUUUCCCAUUUUUCACCUUCUUGGGCAGACGGAUGUGCAUGGUCAACGGUGCAACCCAGAUCCUCUUUCAGGUAGUUCUUAUCGUGAGUGGGAACCUCAGUUUCCUAAACUGGCUAACCAUUGUCCCAAGUCUGGCGUGCUUUGACGAUGCCUCACUAAGCUUCCUGUUUCCCUCUGGAGGUCAAGUCAGGAUGGCAGUGUUGGAGAUACAGAAAGAGGAUAAAGCGGGAAGCACCCUGAAACCCACCAAAGGUAUGAUGAUACGUCGUGUCGUGAAUAUUUCUUUGGGUGUUCUGAUUGGAUUCCUGAGUAUUCCUGUGGUGCUGAACCUGUUUAGCUCAAAGCAGGUGAUGAAUACCUCUUUUGACCCGCUGCGCAUCGUUAACACCUACGGCGCCUUUGGAAGCAUAACCAAAGAGCGCACUGAGGUGAUUUUCCAAGGCACUAAAAGCCUCGAUCCAAAGGACCCAGAAGCAGUUUGGAAAGAGUAUGAGUUUCUGUGUAAGCCAGGGGAUGUUUACCGACGCCCAUGCUUCAUAUCUCCAUACCACUACCGAUUGGACUGGCUCAUGUGGUUCGCUGCUUUCCAGACCUACGAACAGAGUGAGUGGGUUAUUCACAUAGCAGGACGUCUCCUGUCCAAUGACACCACAGUCCUCUCCCUGCUUGGCCACAACCCCUUCGAAGGCAGAGAAACUCCCAGGUGGGUUCGUGGGGAACAUUUCAGGUAUAAGUUCAGCCAGCCAGGAAGUGCGAGUGCAGCACAGGGUAAGUGGUGGCUGAGGAAACGCAUUGGCCCUUACUUCCCUCCUGUUGACCUGGAGGGGCAGGGCUACUUCCAAUCCAGGAACUGGCCCCUUCCACACAAACCACCAAUCAAGAGCUAAAGCUACAAUGUGAGACUGUUCUAAAGUGCCAGGUGGAGAUCAGAGAACCUCAUGUGUUGAGGUAGGAUGAAGGAUGACAUCGGGUUUUUGCCAGAUUGCAACGUUUCAUGAAGAACUGCAAAAAAGUGAAAUCCAACAUCCUGACAUUAACCCAUCAUCAAUGUGAUUACUGGGGUGCAUCUUUGUAUCACCAAUCAUUUCAGCCUUUUGUAUUUCAUAAAACCUCAGUGAAAGCCAAA